AUGGAUCGCUGGAAGGGCCUGGCUCGCCAGCUCACCUGUGCUCGGGCCUGGCUCUCGGUGGGUUCGGCUAGCAGCCGGGGUGGACCUGACUCGAAAACGGUAUUGCAUGAACCAGGCCAGGGCCAGGACCAGGCCGUGAUCGAGUGA